GCUCAAUUCAUUUUUUUUUUAAAAUAUGCCUUUUUUAUGCGAAAUACUCUCAACUUCAAUGCCUUUUUUUUAUGGCGAUUCAGUGAAUUUUCUUCGAAGUUUUGGAAGUGAGUGGAGUCAAAUGUGAAAGAUCCCUUAAAUAUUUUAGAUUUAGUCGCUAAAUUAGGGAUUUUGAGGGACUCUAGGGUUUCUAAUUUGGACCCAGCUGACAGAGAGGUGUCAUUUUGGGGGUUUCGCAUUUAGGGUUCUGGAGGAUUUUAUGCGUUACGUACUAGUUUGUUUUUUGCUUCAUCUUUUUGCAUUUAAAAUAGUUAGUUACUCUCUAAAAUUUGAACUAAUAAGCUCAACAAGCGUUGAGAGUGGCUUCGGUUAGAGCCCGUUAGUAUCAUGGUCGAAAGAUUUUGGGGAUAAAAAUUAAUGGCUGCACAAGUUUCCUCGCGCGCGAGCGCAGAAUGAGCUACUUAGAUGAGGUUUAGCUGGUUUGGGAGAAUGAUGUUUCAUUUCUUCUUGGGAGCUGCUACAGUUUUGUAGCUUUGACAAGUUUAGUUACAUUGGCAUCACUUUCCAUCGUCAGUUUUCAAGUGAAAGAGCUGCCGGGUUUGAUCCUAGUUUUAUUGGAAGUCAAAAGAAUGGAGAAAAAAAAAGAGUAUUGCUUUCUUUUACUUUCGCCUGAUGAUGUUAUGAAGAAACAAGUUUUGUUUCGCUUUUCCGCUGGAAAAUUUUAUGUCAGUGUAAUUUUGCAGUCAUACGAGUAGAUGAUAACUUUUUCCUGAACUGCUAGAUGCAUGAUCUUUUCUUUCUUUAAAACUGGUUGAUUUUUAUGUGGCUUAAAUAAUCCCACCUGUUUCUAGCGGUAAACAGAAUAAGCAAGAAGGAACAUUAGUUUUCCAUCGUUACUUGUUUGAAUGAGUUCUUCUCACACGCAGUUCUAAAUUGACAUUCUAUAGUCACUAAUCCCUCUUACAAGGGAUUACUGCUUAUUGGUAGCGUGUAUGAUCAGCCACAAAAAUUGAGGUCUAAGACAGUUAUACCUUUGUAACUCGGAACUAAUUUUGUUAAAUUUAAAACACACCUAUGUUUUCUUUGUGACUUAAAAAGCUUUAAAUGCUAUCCACUAUUAUCCGACUGGACACUUGAAUACAAGUAGCUAUUAUAUAUGUACAAGGCAUUGUGAUUCCUCCUUGAUUCAUUUAGUGUGUUUUAUAUGCUGAUAACUGGAUACGCAUUGUGCGACUACCGACUUUCUGUAUUGUUAUUGCUGUCAUGUCUUGAAAUACAUUUGGAUUUUAAAACUUGAAAAGUGUUAUCUGUUAAUUGUAUUUAUGCAAUGCAGCUGUCUGCUACCAUUAAUAUUACUUGGACUGUCUCUUUUGUUGUUGUUGCCUCUUGCCUUUCAAACUCUGGAUUACCCUUCAUAUAGUGUUUAAUGAUGCUGGUGGAAAUGGACAAACUGAGCCUAUACAAGAAAAAGUUAUAGUUGUUUGCAUUUGUUCUUAUUAAAUCUAUGCCGAUACUUUAAUUUUUCAUAUUUCUCACAUCAUUGCUUUUUUUGUUCUUCCCCCCUCUUUUUUUGAUUCAAUGCCCGGAACAUAAAUAGAUAUGCACUUAACCAGAGAGUAUAUUUUGGACGUCACCCUGGUAUCUAAUUAGCAAGAAAUUCUUAUCGGUUUCCUCCGGUUGAUAUCGUCCACUUUGUUUGUCAUUGUGAUAUGAUUUCUCUUUCCUGUCUCUGUUAUUACUACUUUUGUUAUCGUCUGCUACAUAAAUUCUUUCACAUUGAAACUCCUUUGAGCCAUUCCAUGGCUUGGAUUGAAUCAAGAUUCUUACUCUGCACCUCCUGUUGGCCUUUCUAUUUUUUUCCUCCUUUCUGUGUUGGUAUGCUUCCUCUUGCAAAUGCUUCUGCCUGCCGUGCUUCUGUCACAGUGGCCUUGCAAGCUUCUUUUAGAUACAUAAUAUGCCGAGGACGAGAAGAAAUGCUGCAGUUGCCAAGGCAGCUGAACCUGUAGAGCCAGUCGAGCCAAUCGAGCCAGAGGAGCAGGUGAACCUUGAGGAAAAUGAGGAAGCAAUGGAAGAGGAGGUUGAAUAUGAGGAGGUUGAGGAGGAGGUAGAAGAAGAGGAAGAAGAGGAAGUGAUAGAGGAGGAAGAGGAUGAUGAAGAAGACGAAGAAGAGACUAUUGCUGCUAAUGAUGGUGAUGCAGAAGCAACUACAGGUAGUGAUAGCAUGAAAGUUGAUGAGGAAGAUGAUAGGGAUGACGAUGAAAUUAAGGAGCAUGCUGAACUCCUUGCUCGUCCUCCCCAUGGGUCUGAGGUUUAUGUUGGCGGACUUCCUUCUGAUGCAACAGAAGAGGAUUUGAAGGGCUUUUGUGAGUCGGUUGGUGAAGUUGCUGAGGUUAGGAUGAUGAAAGGCAAGGAUUCAUCUGAGAACAAAGGAUUUGCCUUUGUCACUUUCAGAACAAAAGAAUUGGCUGCCAAAGCCAUAAAAGAUCUCAAUAACACUGAACUUAAGGGGAAAAAGAUCAAAUGCUCUACUUCUCAAGCAAAGCAUCGGCUGUUCAUAGGUAAUGUUCCUAGAAACUGGUUGCAGGAUGAUCUGAGAAAGGCAGUGACAAAGGUUGGUCCAGGAGUAGUAACUGUUGAUCUGAUGAUGGAUCCCCAAAAUUCAAGCCGUAAUCGUGGCUUUGCAUUUGUAGAGUACUACAACCAUGCAUGUGCAGAAUAUUCAAAAAAGAAAAUGUCGAGCGCGAAAUUCAAGCUAGACAAUAAUGCGCCUACUGUUAGUUGGGCUGAUCCUAAAAGUGGAGACUCUUCAUCCAAUUCUCAGAUAAAGGCAGUUUAUGUAAAAAACUUGCCAAAGGAUGUGACUCAGGAUCAGCUGAGGAAGCUGUUUGAGCAUCAUGGUGAGAUAACAAAGGUGGUGCUUCCCCCUGCCAAGUCUGGACAGGAGAAGAGGUUUGGGUUUGUGCACUUUGCAGAGCGUUCUACAGCCAUGAAGGCGCUGAAGAAUACUGAGAAAUAUGAGCUGAGAGGUGACGUUCUUGAAUGUUCUCUUGCAAAGCCACCGUCUGAUAAGAAAGUUGAUACGGGAUCUAAUGCUCACAAGGGUGCCCUCCUACCCAAUUUUGCACCUCGUGGAUAUGGUGUCAUGGGAGGGACCUUUGGUGGACUUGCUCCAGGUUUCGCGCCGCCUAUGAUGUAUGGAAGAGGGCAAACUCCUGGUGGCAUGGCAAUGGUGCCUAUGAUAUUGCCAGAUGGGCGUGUUGGCUAUGUGCUGCAGCAGCCUGGAGCACCAAUGCCUCAACAACAGCGAGGUGGUGGUCGGGGUGGCAGCUCGAGUAGCGGUGGGCGCAAAGGCAAUGAUAAUUCUCGUGGCCGCAGGUUUCAACCAUAUUAAUAUUAUUAACAGCAUAUUGCUGGCAGGUGGUAGAGAAUCUGCUGUGCAUGUAAACCUUUGUUAUCUGUGUCGAUGGAUGUUCAGCUUGUAGUAAAAAGGUUGUUGGAGUUGAUUAGCAGAAAGGCUGGUGAAUCCCCUUGUCUUGUGGCCUGACUCGGUUGGUAUUGAGUAGUAUUCUGGCAUUUAUUGAGUAGAAGAGUAAUUCCUUACAUUUUUGACA